UUUUGUUGGAGAAAUGAAGCUGUUCUUGUUUAGAACUCUCCUCUUUGCUUCUGCCAUUGGUUUCUUCUUCUUCUUCUUCAUUGUUGGAGUUCAUUCUCUGUCCACUAGAUUGCCUGUUGAUGAAGUGGAAGCUUUACAGGAAAUAGGAGACAUUUUGGGGAAAAGGGAUUGGAAUUUCAGUGCAGAUCCUUGCAAUGGAGGCCAUGGAUGGAUUUCUCAGCCAAACCAAAUCCCUAAAAAUGUUUCUGAUUUUCAAAAUAAUCUCACCUGUGAUUGCACAUUUCUUGAUGCUACAGUCUGCCAUGUCAUCGCCAUAGUUCUCAAAUCGCAGAGCCUUCAGGGCGCUCUCCCGCCCAAUCUUGUGCGGUUGCCAUUUCUGCAGCAAAUCGAUCUCUCUCGGAACUAUCUCAGCGGCAAAAUUCCUCCAGAAUGGGGCUCUACGAAACUCGUCAACAUUUCCCUUCUUGGAAAUCGGUUGACGGGUUCGAUCCCAGAGGAGAUUGGAAACAUCACUACUCUCGAGACUUUGGUCUUAGAGAUCAAUCAGCUGUCUGGAAGCAUUCCUCAAACGCUUGGAAAUUUGCCCCAGAUACAGAGACUACAUCUUACCUCGAACAAGUUUUCUGGGGGGUUGCCAAUGUCACUGGGAAAGCUGACCACAUUGAAGGAAUUUCGAAUUGGUGACAACAAUUUCUCGGGCCCAAUACCGAAUUUCAUACAUAAUUGGACAGAUCUUACUGAAUUAUUCAUUCAGGCAAGUGGAUUGAGUGGGCCCAUUCCUUCUGACAUUGGACUCUUGACAAAAGUAUCUGACUUGAGAAUCAGUGACUUGAGUGGAGCUUCGUCACCCUUUCCACCUCUUAGUAAUUUGAAAAACAUGACAAAUCUGAUAUUGAGAAGUUGCAACAUCACUGGAAGRCUGCCCAACUAUCUGGAUGGGAUGCSAUCAUUGAAAAUCUUAGACCUUAGCUUUAACAAACUAAGUGGACGAAUUCCAACCAGAUAUGAUGCUCUUAAAGGUUUGGAUAACAUAUUUUUAACUGGAAACAUGCUAAACGGAUCAGUGCCUGAUUGGAUGUUGAAAGGAAAGGGCAUCGAUCUUUCCUAUAAUAAUUUUACAGUCAGGGUUGCUGGGGAAAGCUGUCGAUCACAAAAAGUAAACCUGUUUGCAAGCUCAUCACAAGACAAUGAUUAUGGAAUUCUUUCAUGUUUAGCAGGCUCGUCUUGUUCAAAAUCUUGGUACUCUCUCCAUAUAAAUUGUGGUGGCAAGGAACAAACGAUAAAUGGAACUACCGUUUUUAAAGGAGAUCGAAAUACAGGCAGCUCUAUGUUUUUUGUAACUGGAACAAAUUGGGCAAUCAGCAACACUGGUAGUUUUAUGGAUGAUGGUGACUCUCAAGAUGAAUACUCUGCAACAAAUUCUUCUACUCUGUCUAUGAUAAAUCCUGAAUUGUACAUGACUGCACGGGUUUCUCCGUUAUCUCUUACUUAUUAUGGGUUUUGCAUGGGAAAUGGAAACUACACAGUAAGCCUCCAUUUUGCAGAGAUAAUGUUUACUGAUGACAAGACAUUCAGUAGUCUCGGCAGACGCAUAUUUGAUGUUUACGUUCAGAAAAAGCUGGUGCUGGAGGAUUUCAAUAUCGUGGAUGCAGCAGGUGGCGUUGAUAAAGCAGUCAUAAAAAAAAUCCCAGUUACCGUAACAAAUGGUACAUUGGAGAUCCGCUUCUAUUGGGCCGGGAGGGGAACAAAUGCUAUUCCUGUGAGGGGAGUUUAUGGUCCUCUUAUAUCAGCUAUAUCAGUUGAUCCUGACUUUGAGCCUCCGUCAGAGGGCGGAGAAACUGGAAAGUCUGGCGUAUCUGUAGGUGCAGUUAUUGGAAUUGUGGCUGCUGCAGUUUUUGUUAUAUUAUUGACCAUCGGUAUCCUGUGGUGGAUAGUAUGUCUACGACGGGAAAAGACACUUGAACAAGAGUUACGAGGUUUGGAUUUGCAGACUUGUUCUUUUACAUUAGGGCAAAUAAAAGCCGCCACAAACAAUUUUGACGCUGCCAAUAAGAUUGGAGAAGGUGGUUUUGGUCCUGUCUACAAGGGUGUUCUUGCAGACGGCACCGCUAUUGCAGUAAAGCAACUUUCUUCAAAAUCAAAGCAAGGAAAUCGUGAGUUUGUGAAUGAGAUCGGCAUGAUAUCUGCUUUGCAACACCCACAUCUAGUCAAGCUUUAUGGAUGCUGUAUUGAAGGAAAUCAGCUUUUGUUAGUAUAUGAAUACUUGGAAAACAAUAACCUUGCCCGUGCCUUGUUUGGUCUAGAAGAAAGUGAACUUAAUUUGGAUUGGUCAACAAGGCACAAGAUCUGUAUUGGUGUAGCAAGAGGCUUGGCUUAUCUUCAUGAAGAGUCAAGACUAAAGAUUGUCCACAGAGACAUCAAAGCUACUAAUGUUCUGUUAGACAAAGAUCUAAACCCCAAGAUAUCCGACUUCGGCUUGGCCAAGCUUGAUGAAGAAGAAAAUACCCACAUAAGCACUCGGAUUGCUGGAACUUUUGGAUAUAUGGCGCCAGAAUAUGCAAUGCGAGGACACUUGACCGAUAAGGCAGAUGUUUACAGCUUCGGCGUUGUAGCAUUGGAAAUAGUUAGYGGAAGGAGCAACACUAGUUACCRGGCAGAUAACGACUUCUCUUAUCUUCUAGACUGGGCACUUAAGUUGAAAGAGAAGAACAGUUUAAUGGAGCUAGUUGACCCAAAAUUAGGCUCCAACUUCAACAAAGGAGAGGCAUUGAGAAUGAUCAAAAUCGCUCUCCACUGCACUAAUGUCUCUCCUGCAGCAAGACCCAACAUGUCAUCAGUAGUAAGCAUGUUGGAAGGCAAGCAGGCUGUCGAGGACAUAGUUUCGGGUCCGGGCAUCUCUGAGGAAGCAAGAAAUGCAGCAUGGACUCAUUUGCUUGCUGAUAUUCCAACAACAGGUUCCUCARCAUCUGUGAGCGAUCUUUAUCCAAUCAAUGUGUCCCAGUACUUGGAUACUAGAAACUAGACUGAAUUUCAUGAUUUCUCUCUAGUGAUUUUGUAAAUGUCCAGACUUUGUAAUAUGUAUCAAUUGCCCAGAAAAGUGCAGCUUUUCAUCACACUAGCAAAUGGAAAUUGCCUUCGUAGUAUAAUAUCAUAGAACAGGAAAGCUAUGGCUUAUUUGACGGCUUGUACUAGAGAAUAGUUUUUAAAGUUUGUGGUUGGAUGAUUUGUACACUCUACUAAUUUCAAAA